AGUGAGCGCCGUGGUGGAGGCACCCGCUUCCUCGGUGUCCCUGCGGGCCCGGCGCCUGGCUUCAGCUUCUUCCCUCUGUAUCUACGCUUCCCACGCGAGUUCCCCUUAGGCGCACGCCCGGGCUCCCGCAGGAUGGGGGACAACACUAGCCCCAUCAGCGUGAUCCUGGUGAGCUCGGGCAGCAGGGGCAAUAAGCUGCUCUUCAGGUACCCUUUCCAGAGGAGCCAGGAGCACCCCGCGUCCCAGACAAAUAAACCACGUAGCAGAUACGCUGUCAACAACACGGGAGAGCAUGUUGAUGACCAGGAUGGUGACUCCAGCAAGCCAUGUCCUCCAACCGAUGAGCAAUUGGUUGCAGGGUUCUCGGAUGCUAUUCUGGCAACAAUUUUGGCAACCAAAUCUGAAAUGUGCGGCCAAAAGUUUGAGCUGAAGAUUGAUAAUGUACGGUUUGUGGGGCACCCAACACUGCUGCAGCAUGCUCUGGGGCAGGUCUCCAAAACAGAUCCAUCUCCAAAGCGGGAAGCACCAACCAUGAUCCUUUUUAAUGUGGUGUUUGCACUGAGGGCCAAUGCUGACCCGUCAGUGAUAAACUGUCUGCACACCUUGUCCCGGCGCAUUGCUACCGUCCUGCAGCAUGAGGAGCGCCGCUGCCAGUACCUCACACGGGAGGCCAAGCUGAUCUUAGCACUUCAGGAUGAGGUGUCUGCUAUGGCCGAUGCAAAUGAAGGUCCUCAGUCCCCAUUCCACCACAUCCUGCCCAAGUGCAAGCUGGCUAGGGACCUCAAAGAAGCUUAUGACAGCCUGUGCACAUCUGGUGUAGUACGGCUUCACAUUAACAGCUGGCUGGAAGUGAGCUUCUGUCUUCCCCAUAAGAUCCACUAUGCAGCUUCAAGUCUGAUCCCUCCUGAGGCUAUUGAACGGAGCCUGAAAGCCAUCCGCCCCUACCAUGCCUUGCUACUGCUCAGUGACGAGAAGUCUCUACUGAGUGAGCUUCCCAUUGACUGCUCCCCGGCUCUGGUGCGGGUGAUCAAGACCACGUCUGCUGUGAAGAACCUACAGCAGUUAGCCCAGGAUGCUGAUCUGGCCUUGCUGCAGGUCUUCCAGCUUGCAGCUCACCUGGUGUACUGGGGCAAGGCCGUCAUCAUCUAUCCACUGUGUGAGAACAACGUCUAUGUCCUGUCUCCCAAUGCCAGUGUGUGUCUGUACUCUCCACUAGCUGAGCAGUUCUCCCGCCAGUUCCCGUCCCAUGACCUGCCGUCUGUCCUGGCCAAGUUUUCCUUGCCUGUUUCUUUAUCGGAGUUCAGGAGCCCCCUGGCCCCCCCUGCACAGGAGACCCAGCUCAUCCAGAUGGUGGUGUGGAUGCUGCAGCGCCGGCUGCUCAUCCAGCUGCAUACCUAUGUUUGCCUAAUGGCAUCACCCAGUGAGGAGGAGCCCCGACCCAUGGAGGAUGACGUCCCCUUCACAGCCCGAGUUGGUGGCAGCCUCAGCACACCCAAUGCUCUAAGCUUUGGCUCCCCAACCAGCAGUGACGACAUGACCCUCACCAGCCCCAGUAUGGACAACUCCAGUGCAGAGCUGCUCCCCAGUGGGGACUCGCCACUGAACAAACGGAUGACAGAGAACCUGCUGGCCAGCCUCUCAGAGCAUGAGCGGGCUGCUAUCCUCAAUGUGCCCGCAGCCCAAAACCCUGAGGACCUCCGUAUGUUUGCCAGGCUCCUUCACUACUUCCGUGGCCGCCACCAUCUGGAGGAGAUCAUGUACAAUGAGAACACGCGGCGUUCCCAGCUGCUCAUGCUCUUUGACAAGUUCCGCAGCGUGCUGGUGGUGACCACCCAUGAGGACCCCGUUAUUGCUGUCUUCCAGGCACUGCUCACGUGAGCCCAGGUGGCAUGCUGAGUGUGUGGAUGGAAACAACCUCCCCUCUGCUGCAGAGUUCCUGACUGGCCUUAGGGGUAUAGGCAACCCUAGCCUGGCAGAACUGCUCCCUGUGUCGGUCGUCAGUCUGGUCAGAAGCAGCUACGGGGCAACCAUUGUUGGGCUUUGUCUUUUCCCUGAAAUUCUAGCCCAGACCUCAUAUUUACUAUGUAGCUAAGGAUGACCUUGAACUCCUGAUCUUACUGCCCGUCCUCCAAGUGCUAUGACUACAGAUGUGUGCCAUCGAUGUCACUUUUAAAAAAUAUAUUUAUUUAUUUUUAUUUAU